CACGCGCGACGCUAGCCCAACCAUCGACAUCACCACAUCACACAAACGAGCGCACCAGAGGCAGAGUUGAAAAGAACAGGCAGCAGGUAUAGCAGACAGAGUCAUGCUGAAAGGGGGCAUGGCCAAGGCAGUGCUGCCCAAGCCAGGGCUCCAGGAGAGGGCCAAGCAAGCCUCCCUUGCCCCCUCUACCACCACCUCCACCACAGCUACAGGCAUCAAAACCUCCAGAUCCUCCAACACCCUGGCCACAGACCUGCGCCUUAGCAGGCUGAAGAGGGCCAGUAGUGAUGACACACUGGCCAAGCCUGCCCUGGGGGCAGCAGCCACAGGCUCACGCAUGAAGAAGACUGUCACUGCAGGGGCCAUCUCUGACCUGGCCGAAGCAAGACCUCGCAGCCUCUCAGGUGUCCAAUCAGGAUCCAAGAAGUCUGGUAUCCCUGCCCCCAGGGAGAUUCCUCCCACCAUGACCCGGGACCGUGUGUCGCUGAGGGACCAGCUGCGGACCUCCACGACCAAGAAGAUGGUCCCCAGCGCCAGCACCUCCAGCCUGGCCACCCUGGCAGCCAAGCACCAGCGUGGCUCCACCACCACAAAACCCAGGGUGGACGCCGAGGGCUCGGAGAGAGGCUUCAUGGAGUGCCAGGUGAAGGAGCUUAUGGCCGAGGCCAAAGCCAAAGAGUUUGAGAUCAGCAAGCUGAGGAUAGAGCUGCAGCGCUGCCGGGGGAAAGCCUCGUUGUCUUCAUCCCCCUCGCCUCACAACACCCCCUCCACCCCACCUGAGGGUGCCCCCGAUCAAGGCCAAGGUCUAUCCCAGCAGGCCACUGAUGCCCAGGCCCUGGUGGGGGAGCUGAGGGAGAAGAACGGGAAGUUCCAGAGGGAGCUGGCGGCUCUGAGGGAGGAGAACCAGGCCCUGAAGGAGAAGCUUCUCUCCCUGGAAACUUUGCCUGCCUCUCCUCUGUCCAACAACACUACCACCACCACCAGCCCCUCCAAGCCCUCCGUCAACGGCCUCCCCUCAGAAAACAACACUAGUCCCCGAGCCAAGUCACCCACACCCAGCCCGCUCAAAACCUCAGUCUCCUCCGGCAGUGACAUCACCAAGGGCUCGCCCUCUCCGGACUCCUCAGAGUUUGAGAAGAUCCCGUCGCAGUCUGACUCAGUGAGCAGCAGUGGUGUAGGGGUGGGGAAGGGUCCGGGUCGCGAUCCCUCAGUGGAGAGCCUGACGGAGCAGAUCCAGAAGAUGGAGGAAAGUCAGCACAGCACGGCAGAGGAGCUCCAGGCAACACUACAGGAGCUGGCCGACCAACAGCAGGUGAUUCAGGAGCUGACGGCUGAGAAUGAGCGCCUGGCCGAGAAGAAGGGCCUCCUACAGACGUCGCUGCAGCAGCAGAGGGAGAGGGUAGAGUUGCUGGCCCAGAAGAAUGAGGCCCUGGCCGGGAAGCUGCAGGACGAGUCCCGGGCAGCUGAGCUGGAGCAGCGCUACACUGACCUGGUGGAGAGCUCUCACUCAGAGAGGGAGAAGCUGGUGGACAUCCAGCAGCAGCUGACGGGGAGCCUGAGGACCCUGGAAGAGGAGCACCAGGAAACCCAGGGGCAGGUGAGGUCCCUCAGGCAGGAGAGGGAUGACCUCCAGGGCCGGCUGGAGAAGGAGGUGGAGGCCGGGGGUGAGAUGACGCGGGAGGCUGAGGAACAUAGGGCUGCAACGGAUGCCCUGAGGGUGGAGAACGGACGGCUCAAAGCCCAGGUGGACCUAGAGAGACAGAAGGUUGGGGAGCUGAAGGCCAUGCAGAGUGCUGGGGACAGCACAGAGCUGCAGAGGCUGCUGAAGGCGGCCCAUUCUGAGAGAGACAGACUGGAGGGGGAGGUAACAGAGCUACGCCAGGAGCUGCUACAGGCCCAGACUGACACUGAACACGCACAGGGACUGCUGUCCAAGGCUGAGGCUGAGUGCAAGCGGGUGGCAGAGCGAGCCGUAAGGCUUGAGGAAGCGCUGAGUGGCCAGGUCAGUGCACUGGAGAAGGGGGGGCAGCAGGCCGACAGCCAAAUCAAGGACCUGAAGGAGACCAUCUUUGAGCUGGAGGACCAGGUGGAGCAGCAGAGAGCCGUCCACCUCCACACCAACCAGACCAUCCUGGACCUAGAGCACCAACUCAAGAAGCUGGAGGAGCAGAAGUCGGAAGUGGAGAGGCAGCUGAAGAUCUUGAGUAAACAGAUGAAGGAUGAGACGGAGGAGUGGCGGCGGUUCCAGGCAGACCUCCAGACAGCCGUGGUGGUGGCCAACGACAUCAAGGUAGAGGCCCAGCAGGAGAUUCGCUCUCUGAGGAGGAGGUUACAGGAGGAGCAGGGGCGCAGCGCCAAGCUCUCAUCAGACCUGGAGCUGCAGAAGGGAGUCAAGUCGUUGCAUGAUGACUCUGAGAGUUUCUCAGAUGCAGAUGGCAGUCCUCACUGGUGUGGCAUCUCCAUAACCCAGACCACCCAGAACCAGUCCACCUUCUCGCCCAUUAACACCAACGGCAACCCUGCCUCCUCCCCCUCAGAGCCCGGAGCCACCGUCAAAACCCUCAUCAAGUCUUUUGACACAGCUGUACAGAAUGGACUUGGUCCUGGACACACGGUACAGAUGUACUCCUCACCUAGAAGCCCUCUGAGUGGGAUCCCUGUCCGCACAGCACCCGCAGCUGCUGUCUCCCCCAUCCAGAGGCAAUCGUCUAUCAAACCGCUCUCAAAGACACUGGAGAAAAGGAUUAACCAUGGAGAGUUCUCUCAUUCAGAUAAGUAUGGGGGCUCUGGGGAUGAGCUGAAGCACAGCAGCCUUAUGAGGAAGAGUCCUUCCCUGGAGUCAGUCAUCAAGUCCCCAGCAACCUUCAGCAGCCGCAGCCACUCCAUGAGCUACAACAAGAACAACAGCAAGCUCAGUGUGGAAAGAAAGGACCCCUUGGCUGCACUGGCGCGGGAGUAUGGGGGAUCUAAGAGGAACGCUCUACUGAAGUGGUGCCAGAAGAAAACAGAAGGCUAUCCGAACAUUGAUGUGACAAACUUCAGCAGCAGCUGGAGUGAUGGCCUGGCAUUCUGUGCUCUCCUCCAUACAUACCUGCCCGCACACAUCCCUUACCAGGAACUCAUCAGUCAAGACAAGGGCCGGAAUCUGUCCCUGGCGUUUCAGGCUGCAGAGAGCAUUGGCAUCAAACCCUCCCUGGACGUUGAUGAGUUGAUGCACACGGACAGACCGGACUGGCAGAGUGUCAUGCAGUAUGUUUCUCAGAUCUACAAGUACUUUGAGACUUGACCAGAGAACAGGGGGCAGGAGGACAGGAGGAGGAGGAAGAAAGGAUGCACCGCAACACUUUCUGUACGGUCCAUGUCACCUUCUCUCAACAUGGAACCCUAGAACCCUUAUUCCUCAAACACACUGACUGAACCCCCUCAACUGACUCUCACAUCCUCCUCAACACUAAAAGUUUGAACUUGCCUGGAGUUAACGUUUUUCUAACUCAUUGGUACAUAAUGGUACAAUCGACACUUUGUGUUAGAAUGCUGAGAUCUGUGACUGCAAAUAAGAAAUAUAAAACCUUAUUGUUAGCCCUUACAUGGAAAGACAUGAUGCAAUUAUUUUUUAUUCUUUAUGUUGAAGUCCAAUGAUCAUUUAGAAAUUAUACUUUAAAGGGAUAGUUCACCCAAAUUACAAAAUUACAUAUUGGUUUCCUUAUCCUGUAAGCAGUCUAUGGACAAGGUAUGACAGCAAUCCAUGCAUUGGUUUAGUUUCCUUGAUACUGUUUCCAAAUGCUAAUGUUUUAGCAUUUGUAGCACAAAUCCCAUUCAAGUCAUGGCACCGAUAUUAGCAUUGUUCGCAGAUGUCCAAAUUAUCCGAAAGUAUCUAAAAUGGAUUAUGAGCUCAACAAAGUCACUUAUAGAUGAUUUAAACAUGAUUGGCGAAAAAUGCUAAUACCAUGACUUGAAUGGGAUUUGUGCCACACAUGCUAAAACAUUAUCAUUUGGAAACAGCGUCAAGGAAACUAAACCAAAGCAUAGAUUCAUUCCAUCUCCAUAGACUACUUACCAAGGUUAUUGUGGUAAAUCAAAACUGAAAUUAAAACAAAAACGAAUCAUUAUAAAUGAUUGAGUAAACUGAAAUAAAGUAAUUAGCAACCCGUUUGAAAAACUAAAACUAUACUGAAACUAUUAUGUUUGACUCCAAAACAAACAAAAAUAAAAUAUAACACAUUGAAUGAAACAUUAAAUUAAACCAUCACAACAAAAAUGUUAUGGAUUCUCAAUCCUUUGGGGGGUUUUCAAACAACUAAAAUUUCUGCUGACCCACCCCUCCACAAAUCUAACAACACAACCUUCAAAUCUGAAAAUGUAUAUUUUUACAUCAACAAAUAACCUUCAAUUUAUUACAUUUUCAUCUCGCUCAUCAAAUGUUUUGAACCAAUAAAUACAUCCCCCGCGACCCCUCUAGGAUUUGCGACCCCGAAUUUGAAUACCACUGGCUUACAGCGUAAGGAAACUAAUACAUCAUAUUGUAAUUUGGUGAACUAUCCCUUUAAAGGAAGAGUUUGGUUUUACAUGACAAGCCUAUCAAAUCAAAUUGACUGCUUUCCGUUGUCCAAAAGAAACCAAUGCCUUUGUUUUUGUUUACGAGACAGACCCAAGUUGCCAUCUAUUGGCACUACAAUGAAUUGACAACACUACAUGUAGCUUUGAAUAAUAUUUUACAGUCACACUAUUUAAUGAAAAUGUGUUAUUAUUAAUAAGGAAUGUCUUUGCUGUUUAAGCAUUGUGGACCUGACUGACUGACUCAAUUAAACCAUUAUAUGGUGUCCUUUAGCAACUGUUCUUUUGGGGUUUUGCACUGCAAUAUGAUUUUGUCUCCAGCAAGCCUCUUUUAGCUGUAGCUAUCAUACUGGGGAUGGUGGAGGGAACAUAACUGCAAAAGGUGUUGAAACUAGGACAAUUACGAUGAUGUCAUCCAAAUGUACCAUGAGAGACAAUCCGGAAUGAACCAACAACUCUGAAUGUUUAGCUUCAGUCAUGGUUAGUCUCUGAUAAAGGAAGUACUGCAGUACAGUAUUUAUAUAUGUACUCAGAAAUGUGAGAAUGAUGCAGGAAAUGUACAGUUGAAGUCGGAUGUUUACAUACACUACUGCUGGAGUCAUUUAAACUUGUUUUCAACCACUCCACAAAUUUCUUGCUAUUGAAAUUAUAGCAAUUUCUUGCUAUAACAAACUAUAGUUUUGGCAAGUCAGUUACUUUGUGCAUGACACAAGUAAUUUUUCCAACAAUUGUUUACAGACAGAUUAUUUCACUUACAAUUCACUGUAUCACAAUUCCAGUGGUUCAAAAGUUUACAUACACUAAAUUGACUGUGCCUUUGAACAGCUUGGAAAAUUCCAGAAAAUGAUGUCAUGGCAUUUUUUCUGGUUGGCUAAUUUACAUCAUUUGAGUCAAUUGGAGGUGUACCUGUGGAUGUAUUUCAAGGCCUACCUUCAAACUUAGUGCCUAUUUGCUUGACAUCAUGGGAAAAUCAAAAGAAAUCAGCCAAGACCUCAGGAAAAAAUUGUAGACCUCCACAAGCCUGGUUCAUCCUUGGGAGCAAAUUCCAAAUGCCUGAAUGUACCACGUUCAUCUGUACAAACAAUAGUGAGCAAGUAUAAACACCAUGGGACCACGCAGCCAUCAUACCGUUCAGGAAGGAGACGUGUUCUGUCUCCUAGAGAUGAAUGCACUUUGCUGCGAAAAGUGCAAAUGAAUCCCGGAACAACAGCAAAGGACCUUGUGAAGAUGUUGGAGGAAACAGGUACAAAAGUGUCUAUAUUCACAGUAAAACGAGUCCUAUAUUGACACAACCUGAAAGCCUGCUCAGCAAGGAAGAAGCCACUGCUCCAAAAUCGGCAUAAAAAAUCCAAACUACGGUUUGCAACUGCACAUGGGGACAAAGAUCGUACUUUUUGGAGAAAUGUCCUCUGGUCUGAUGAAACAAAAAUAGAACUGUUUGGCCAUAAUGACCAUCGUUAUGUUUGGAGGAAAAAGGGUGAGGUUUGCAAGCCGAAGAACACCAUCCCAACCAUGAAGCACAGGGGUGGCAGCAUCAUGUUGUGGGGGUGCUUUUCUGCAGGGGGGACUGGUGCACUUCACAAAAUAGAUGGCAUCAUGAGGUAGGAAAAUGAUGUGGAUAUAUUGAAGCAACAUCUCAAGACACCAGUCAGGAAGUUAAAGCUUGGUCGCAAAUGGGUCUUCCAAAUGGACAAUGUCCCCAAGCAUACUUCCAAAGUUGUGGCAUAAUGGCUUAAGGACAACAAAGUCAAGGUAUUGGAGUGGCCAACACAAAGCCCUGACCUCAAUCCUAUAGAAAAUGUGUAGGCAGAACUGAAAAAUCGUGUGUGAGCAAGGAGGCCUACAAACCUGACUCGGUUACACCAGCUCUGUCAGCAGGAAUGGGCCAAAAUUCACCAACUUAUUGUGGGAAGCUUGUGGAAGGCUACCCUAAACGUUUGACCCAAGUUAAACAAUUUAAAGGCAAUGCUACCAAAUACUAAUUGAGUGUAUGUAAACUUCUGUCCCACUGGGAAUGUGAUGAAAGAAAUAAAAGCUGAAAUAAAUCAUUCUCUUUACUAUUAUUCUGACAUUUCACAUUCUUAAAAUGAAGUGAUGAUCCUAACUGACCUAAGACAGGGAAUGUUUACUCGGAUUAAAUGUCAGGAAUUGUGAAAAACGGAGUUUAAAUGUAUUUGGCUAAGGUGUAUGUAAACUUCCGACUUCAACUGUAUGUGAGUGUUUUCUAUUACAGCGAGAGAGAUUUCUGAGAUUUGCUCAGAGGUGGAAGCCUCCUCUGUACUGAGUGACAGAUGGAUAUUGUUAAAUAAAGUAUUUUGUCAA